AUGGGGAAGAAAGGUAUAGUUGUGGCGACCACCAUCGUCGCCGUGAUGACUGUCAUCUUUGGAGUCAUCGGCGCGGUUUUCUUGGGACUGAGACGCUAUGAGGAUGACCGCGAUGACCGCAGCGUGUGUAAGUACGCGCGAUCGCCGGCGACGGCUUGCGGCGUCGUGGCGGCCGUGCUGGCGCUAACGACACAGAUUCUCGCCAGCGUGGCCAUCGGCUGCUGUGGGGCAUGGCAGAAUCCCAAGAGGGCCAAUCGCAUCGCCGCCGUCGUUUUCUACGUCAUCUCAUGGAUCCUAGUGAUCAUAGCGGUGCUGGUGUUUCUGGGAGGCGCCCUAUUAGGGAUUGAAGGAUAUACAGAGAAAGUUAUUGGGAAAACUAUUGAGAACGGUAGCUGUGUUGGAGGUGUCGGAGGUGAAGGAGUUUUCGUGGACGCGACAUUCCUGUUUCUUGUAGUUGUCGCCCUUGAGGUCUCCUCGUAUCUUCUUAUUCAGAAAGAUGAGCACCACCAAGCAGCCGCAAGCGAUAAUCCUCCUUCGAUACCAACCGCUACAUCUCCUUUGGCAACAACAGCUUCUUCUAAAGAUGAUGCCCACGCCUCCGCUCCCGCACCAGCAAAUCAAGUCUGA